GCGAGCGAGCGAGCGAGCGAGCGGCUCCUGGCGUUGCACCGCCGCCCCUUCGCGCCGGGACUACGCCGCUUUGUCUGCCCGGGCCUCCCCGAGCCGACCCGGCUGCGCUGUGCGGCUCGGCCCUGCCUGGCGCGGGCUGCGGCGGGAGGAGUGGCCAUGGAGGCCGUGAGCGCGCUGCUGGCCGGCUGCCCCACGGGCGGCCUGGCCGGCGGCCUCGGGGUCACCGUGUGCGCCGCCGCCGGCGUGCUGCUCUACAGGAUCGCGCGCAAGAAAAAGCCGACCUACAUAACUGUCAACUGCUGGUUCUGUAACCAGGACACCGUGGUGCCCUACGGGAACCGGAACUGCUGGGAUUGCCCCAACUGUGAACAGUACAAUGGCUUCCAGGAGAACGGCGAUUACAACAAGCCCAUCCCUGCCCAGUACCUGGAGCACCUGAACCACGUGGUGACUAACGCCGCCCCCAUCAGUGACAGCCCCCAGUCCCAGCAGUGGGUGAGCAGCCAGGUCCUGCUGUGUAAGAAGUGCAAUAACCAUCAGGCCACCAAGAUCAAGCAGCUGGCGUCCUUCGCCCCCAGGGAGGAGGGUAAAUAUGAUGAGGAAAUUGAAGUGUACAGACACCAUCUGGAGCAGAUAUACAAGCUGUGCCGGCCUUGCCAAGCAGCUGUGGAGUAUUACAUCAAGCACCAGAACCGACAGCUGCGUGCUCUGCUGCUCAGCCACCAGUUCAGGCGGCGGGAGACCGACAAGACCUAUGUGCAGAGCUUCUGUUCUUCACCAGUGACUGCUCCAGCCCAGGUCAUCCUCCUCCGUUUCCUCACCUUCCUGAUCUGCAGCUUCCUGCUAGCCACUGCCCUGUAUGGCUCUGGCCACCCCUUCUUCCCGGCUGCCUCCUGGACCCCUGCUCUGCUGGCAGGAGGAAACGUUUCUUCCCCUGGGCCCUCAGCCUCGUCCAACACCACAGCUGAUCCAGGGGCCCUGGGCUGGCAGCAGCUGCUCCACCUGCUUCCCGAGCACAUGCUGGAGAAGCUUUCUGAGGCCUGGGACUUGGGCCAGAGCCACCAGAUGGUGGUGGUGGCGUUGGGUCUGCUCACCUGCCUCCUGGCCAUGCUGCUGGCUGGCCGCAUCAGGCUCCGGAGGAUUGAUGCCUUUGCCUCAUUCCUAUGGUUCCUGCUCCUGGGGCUGCACCUGGUAGAGUGCUACUUGGAGAUGGACCCCCCCAGCUGGCUGGACACACUCAAGUUUGGCGCAACAUUCCUGUGCUGCCUGGUGGGUCUCACUGCGGCUGUGGCUACACGGAAAGCAACGGGCCAGCGGAGAUACCGGCCCCGAAGGUAUCUCUCGGGAGAUUCCAGUUCCUUCUUCCCUGGCAGCAACGGACUGGCCUUCCCAUACCCUUCAGUGUCACCGACUCUGUUCGUCCCAGCCCCGCCCACCUUCUUCCAGAUGACCAACCAGCAAGUGUUCAGGUCUCCCCGACGGACGUCCUCUUCCUCCCUGACAGGACGACUCAACAGGGCCCUCUCUCUGGGGACCAUUCCCUCCCUGACCCGAGCAGAUUCAGGAUACCUUUUCAGUGGGAGCCGCCCACCCUCUCAGGCAUCUCUGAUCAAGGAAGCACCUCUAUCAGAUUACUUCACCGUGCUGUCCGGGAGCUGUGCCUCGUCCCCUCUUCCUUCCCCGGCUCCCUCCGUGGCAGGCUCUGUGGCUUCCAGCUGUGCGUCCCUCCGCCUCCGCCGGCCACUCAUCAGCCCAGCCCGUCUCAACCUGAAGGGGCAGAAGCUUCUGCUUUUCCCAUCCCCUGGGGAGACACAGACCCCCCACUCCCCGAGUAGCUCAGAUGAGCCCAGCCCUGCUGAUGGCAGUCUGCUCAGCACAGAAUGCUCUCGAUUCCUUAGCAAGAGGCAGCUUCCCCGGGGCCUGCAGCGCAUGCAGGGCGAGUCCUUUCCCCAUCAGGCUGCAAGAGACUUCCGGUCCCAUGUGGAGAGUGGCAGCAUCUGCAGCGACGGCUCCGUCAAAAAAGAGGAUGGCUCCUCUCACUCGUCUGCCUGUGUGGUGGACACCACUACCAAAGGGUGCCUGGAGGAGGCCCUGGGCUGGAGAGCUCACUUCGGCAGCUCGGUGGUGCGAGGCCUCCUGGCCUUGAGCCUGGCGGCCAACGCACUCUUCACGUCAGCCUACCUGUACCAGAGCCUGCGCUGAGCCCCGCCACCCUUGCUCUGGGCCUCCCCUGCUCACAGACUGCCCAGCCAGCAAGAAGGGCGUGGGCGGUCUGCAGGCUCCCGAGUCUGUGACGCAUGUUGCCGUGGAUCAUGCUGCUCCUCUCCUGCCUGCCCUGCCCUCCCUGUGGGCCUCGCUUGCCUCAACAACUGAAUGCUUGUUGCUCCCCCCACCACCAAAGACAGCAGGGCUGGUGGCAAGGACCUCAAGUGGGCCGCAACCCACUCUGGGGAACCAUCUUCGAGCGUGUGCCCUCCCCUGCCGCCGCUGCCAUCUCUGGCUCUUUUCUCUGGAAUCCCUGUGGUUUCUGUGAAAACACACCUGCCUCAAAGGGGAGAGACCCAGCCAGUUAAUGGCAUGAGUUGGGGCUAUGCUCCCCCUUCUCCUGGCCUCCCCAUCUUCUCUUUUCGUCCAUCUUCUCAACAAGGUGACUGCUCUGCCCAAGUGCUCAGACUUCUGGGAGCCGGGUGGUCUUCUGGGUGCUGCCUGAGGGCUCUCGGAUUUCUUGACCUGGUUGGGGGUGUCUGGAGCCUGGGCCUCUUGGAUGCCCGGCCUUCCCUAGGCCAUUCCCCUGGCCGGGGCUGCCGCCACUACUGUGAUGCUAGUAGGGAUGGAGUGGAGGCCCAGCCUGGCCUGACGGCGAUGGUGGUCACCACAAGCCACACUGCUGGACCGUCCUGUCCCCUCCCGCCUUGUCCUUGAGGGACAGCUUUCCCGGGGCCAGGCUGGCUCAUUUGGGGCUGCUUUGGAAGUAAGGGAGGGGGUCUUAUCUGGGCAUGGUUUGUGCUCCUUGGCCCUUGGCAAAGGGAGAUGUUUCAUUCUGGAACAAGCAAAGUCCAUGAAUUCUGGACCCCUCGGAUGGGAAGCACGGCAUCUUAAGUAUAGCAUCAUCUGCCCUCAUCCUGGACCAAGCAGCCUCUGUCUCCUCUUCCACCAGGAGUCAGGCUUCUGCUCCCUCUCCCUCAUCCCUUAGGCUCUUUCUCUAAAGCUUUGGACCUGAGCUGCCAAACAACCCACAGAAAUCCUGCAUUUUUUCCCAGCUCACUCUGGCUCUCCCCACCCCCUUCCCAGAAGCCCUUGGGCCAAAUCUUCAGCCUGUUCCACAGUCAAACUGCCUCCCUUCCCCUGUGCCCCUGCACAGGCCCCCUCACUCAGGGCCCCAGGCCAGCUCUCUUGACGUGGCCACUUUUGGGAGGGGGCACUGGGAGAGCAGUAGAGGCUCUCGCUGCCUGUCCUGGGAUGGUGAGGGCAUUUACGGAUGUGAGCUAAGAUGCGAGGGCCUCCCUUAUACCCUGAUUUUUUUCUAGGACAGCUGUCCUCUCCCCAGUCACUGCUAAUGGAGGUUUCACUGUGAAACUCCUCCCCCAGUGAUCUGCCCUGUUCAGAGUCGUAGCCUCUGUGCUCAUCUUGGAGACCCCAGUGUCUCCUUCCAGCCUCCAUCCCCUCUUCCCUGCCGGACCUGCCUCUGUUUUCACCUCUGGUCGCUAGUGGCUUUACCCAUCUGGAGUUUUUUCCUUUUCUGACCUCCCAAUGCACCGCCCCUCUCCCCCCCCCCCCGGGAGUUUGAGGGUGUCUGAGAGGGGAAAGGUGAGCUUCUGAGGCCCAGUGCUUGGACUCUCUGGGGAUGAUGUGCCUGAUGGAUGGGGUGUGUCUGGGACCCACGUCUCUGUUCAUGUCUGUGACCUGAGCCAGACGAGUGUUCUCGUCAUCAUUGGCUUGAGGUGAGGUUACUGUGUAUGUUGUGCGUGUCUGUGUCACAUCCCUGCUCAUGGGAUGGACGUUGAUGUCUCAGGGGACUGUGCUGGUAGAAAGAAAGGCCCUGUGGGUGAAGGAGUUCUUGGCAGGGUGGAUGGGGCCGGGAGAGAACACAGGGACCUCAGAAGGGAAUCGAGGUUUGCACACAUUGGUGUUCAAGGAGCAGCUCUCGGUGACCUCCUUCUAUGGUGAGGGAGUUUCCCAAGCCAGUGAGAUCACAGAUCUGGAUCUAAACCUGUUCUUUCUUUCUUUCUUUUCUUUUCUUUUCUUUUUUUUCUUGGUGAGGCAAUGGGGGUUA